CAUGGUGCAAUUUGUAGAAGUGAGUUCCGGUCGUGGCCGAAGUGGUUGCAUUUUGUUAGUACCGGACAGUUGUGAUGGCUGCGGUGGAUUCGGAUGUCGAACCGCUGCCUCGCGGGGGUUUCCGCUGCUGCCUCUGCCACGUCACUACGGCCAACCUGUGCAGGUGUUGCUCUACCUAGCACUUGUAGAUGGUUUAAGAAAUACUUGUGGGGCUUCCCCGGUGGCGCACUGGUUAAGAAUCCGCCUGCCAAUGCAGGGGACCCAGGUUCCAGCCCUGGUCCGGGAAGAUCCCACACGAUGUAGAGCAACUAAGCCCGUGCACCACAACUACUGAGCCUGCACUCUAGAGCCUGCGAGCCACAGCUACUGAACCCAUGUGCCACAACUACUGAAACCCGUGCGCCUAGAGCCCGCGCUCCACAACAAGAGAAGCCACUGCAAUGAGAAGCCCUCACACUGCAACGAAGACCCAAUGCAGCCAAAAAAAAAAAAAAAAAAAAAAUUGAAAAAAAAAAAAGAAAUACUUGUGUACAGCCAGUUCUCCUGGGAACCACUUAAAAUGCUUUAUAUAGACAAAUGGACGAGAGAGGAAGCUGCAAGGAGCCAGGACUUUGUCAUUCAAAUGCCACAUUUUCUAUGGCUUGGAAGAAUCGGUAGGAUCUAGGACCCAGCCUAGAGGCCCACCUGGGAGGCCGAAAGCACCGGCACCUGGUAGAACUACGAGCUGCUCGAAAGGCCCAGGGACUUCGAAGCGUGUUUGUCAGUGGCUUUCCCCGGGAUGUGGGUUCUGCUCAGCUCUCUGAGUACUUCCAGGCAUUUGGACCUGUGGCCAGUGUUGUCAUGGACAAGGACAAGGGAGUGUUUGCCAUUGUGGAGAUGGGGGACGUGGGUGCCCGGGAAGCUGUUCUCUCACAGCCCCAGCACAGCUUGGGAGGACAUCGCCUGAGGGUCCGGCCACGGGAGCAGAAAGAGUUCCAGAGCCCAGCCUCCAAGUCCCCCAAAGGAGUGGCCCCCGACAGUCACCAGCUGGCAAAAGCACUAGCGGAGGCCCCGGACGUGGAGGCACAAAUGGCGAAGCUCGUGGGGCUGAGGGAGCUGUCUGAGGCUGAGCGGCAGCUUCGGAGCCUCGUGGUGGCCCUGGUGCAGGAGGUCUUCACAGAGUUCUUCCCUGGCUGUGUGGUCCAUCCUUUUGGCUCUUCCAUAAACAGCUUUGACGUCCAUGGCUGUGAUCUUGACCUCUUCCUGGAUCUGGGGGACUUGGACGAGCCCCAGCCAGCCCCAAAGGCUGCAGAAUCUCCAUCCCUGGACUCGGCCCUUGCAUCCCCACUGGAUCCUCAAGCCCUGGCCUGCAUCCCAGCCUCCCCUCCAGACUCACAGCCUCCAGCUUCUCCCCAAGACUCGGAAGCCCUGGACUGUGAAGUCCCUUCCUCCUCUCUGGCACCCCGGACUCCAGACUCUGCUUUGGCCUCUGAGACCCUCGCCUCUCCCCAGUCCCUGCCUCCAUCCUCGCCACUGCAGGAGGACCAGGGAGAGGGGGACCUGGGGAAGGCCAUGGAACUGGCAGAGGCCCUGAAGGGGGAGAAAGCAGAAGGGGGAGCCAUGCUGGAGCUGGUGGGAUCCAUUCUUCGGCGCUGUGUCCCUGGAGUGUACCGAGUCCAAACUGUGCCAUCUGCCCGACGCCCUGUGGUCAAGUUCUGCCAUCGGCCUUCAGGUCUCCACGGUGACGUCUCCCUCAGUAACCGGCUGGCCCUGCAUAACUCCCGCUUCCUGAGCCUCUGCUCUGAGCUGGAUGGGCGAGUACGGCCCCUUGUGUACACUCUGCGCUGCUGGGCUCAGGGUCGAGGGCUGUCAGGGAGUGGCCCACUUCUCAAUAACUACGCCCUGACCUUGCUCGUGAUCUAUUUCCUUCAGACCAGGGACCCUCCUGUGUUGCCCACUGUGUCCCAGCUCACCCAGAAAGCAGGUGAGGGCGAACAGGUGGAGGUUGAUGGCUGGGACUGUAGUUUUCCCAGGGACGCCUCGAGACUGGAGCCCAGCACCAAUAAGGAGCCCCCGAGUUCCCUGCUGGCCCAGUUCUUCUCCUGCGUCUCUUGUUGGGAUCUUCGUGGCUCACUGCUGUCCCUGCGGGAGGGUCAGGCACUGCCUGUGGCAGGGGGCCUGCCCUCUAAUCUCUGGGAGGGUCUGCGCCUCGGUCCCAUGAAUCUCCAGGACCCCUUUGACCUGAGUCACAACGUGGCAGCCAACGUGACCAGCCGGGUGGUCGGGCGGCUACAGAGCUGCUGCCAGGCGGCAGCCAGUUACUGCCGAAGCCUCCAGUACCAGUGCCGUUCCUCCCGGGGUCGGGACUGGGGGCUGCUUCCCCUUCUGCAGCCCAGCUCCCCUAGCUCCCUGCUGUCUGCAACACCCAUCCCCUUACCCCCCGCUCCCUUCACCCAGCUCACUGCUGCCCUGGCCCAGGUGUUACAGGAGGCUUUGGGGUGCCAUAUAGAACAGGGAACCAAGAGACUGCGGUCAGAGGGAGGUGGGACUGGGGAGCCUUCCCAGGGAGGGACAAGCAAAAGAUUGAAACUAGACGGACAGAAAAGCUGUGAGGGGGGGCAGGAGGAACAGCAGGGACGUGCAGGGGGCCACAGUGAAGAUGGGGUGGAAGAAAUGGCGAUAGAGGCUGGAGAGUCAGUGCAAGACUGGGCCAUGAGGAGCCCUGGGCAGCCAGGGGAGCUGGCCCCGAUGACCAGAAAGCAUCUAGGCACUGGAGAAGAGGGGCGGUCAGGCCCCGCAGCGCUGGCUGAGCAGGGGCCCAGAGGACCUGAGGCAGCCCAAGAAGGGUCUCAGGCCGAGGCAGGGAAGGGGGCGUUGCUCUCCUCAGUGGGCUGGCGCUGUGCCUUGUGCCACCGAGUGUGGCAGGGGCGGCGGCGUGCCCGAAGACGCUUGCAGCAAAUCAAGGAAGGAGGUGGAGCUGGUGCUGGCACAGGAGCAGAGUGGCUGGCAACUGAGGCUCGGGUCACCCGGCAGCUGCGAGGCCUGAGCGGUACUGAACAGACGCCAGGGGCCGAGCCACUCCUGACCUUCGUGGUGUCUGUCUCCCAGGCUGACCAGGCUCUCACUGUGACCCCACUCCGGGAUUCUCAAGGCCUGUUCCCUGAUCUCCAUCAUUUCUUACAGGUUUUCCUCCCUCAAGCACUUCGAAACCUGCUCAAGUGAAGAUGGGGACCGUAAAGGGCAAUAAAGCUGCUAGUUUAAUAAA